GUGGCUGCAACAAAAGCACGGAACAACAUCUCGGCUCUUCUCCCUUCGCUUCUCCCCUCACUGCAUCUCCCUUCCUCGGUGCAGAGAACUCAACACAAUACAGUAGUCACACGGAACUGCCGUCGCAAAUGCAGCCUCUGCCUGCCAUCAACAAGUUAGGGAUGAAGGACCUCAAGCAAUGAAAGAGGGAUGUGUGUGCUUCAAUUAACCAAUUGAGCUGACAUCAUUGCGGUGGAAAAGGAAAGAGGCAGCUAAGGGACAGAGAAUCUGCUCAGCAGUGUCGCUUUGGAUGCAAAUCAUCAACUUCAAAAUUAAGCUUGGAAGGCAAAUAAUACUGGUCUUUUCUUAAUCUGGGAAUUGAAAAGAGGGAAAGAAAAAGGAAACAGACCAAAAAUAAACAGCAUCCUAGGACAUGGAAUUCCUGAAUUUGUUUCAACUAGGGGGGCUCAGCGCUUCUUUAUUUCUGAAGAGCUUGAUUCCUUUUGUAUUUACUCGAAAGGUUUUUUUCCCUUUGGAUUUCCCUUCCAACUGGCUGCUCCAAAAGUCUGUGGAAAAAGACAGUUGAAUGCAGCCUCCGAUGUACACAAAAGAAUGGGAUUCCAUUCAAGGUGGCCAUUGGUGGGACAAGCACCAGCGGCACUUUGUGUGAUCAGCAUGCUGCUGUGCAUCCCUCCCAUGUCAUGCACAACCUGCCCCCAGAAAUGCCGAUGUGAAGACCUGCAGUUUUACUGCGACACGCAGGGGCUCCUGGCACCCCCAGACAGCGUGAAUAAAGGGGCCCUUGGACUGUCGCUCAGACACAACAGUAUCAGUGAGCUCAGCUCAGACCAGUUCCUUGGUUUCACUCUGCUAACCUGGCUCCACCUGGAUCACAACCAAAUAAUCACAGUGCAUGAGGAUGCCUUCCAGGGGCUGUACAAGCUCAAGGACCUGAACCUGAGCUCCAACCGCAUCACCAAGCUGCCAAACACAACCUUCAUUCACCUCAUCAACCUGCAGAUAUUGGAUCUCUCCUUCAACCAGAUGACAGCGUUGGAGCCAGAGCUCUUUCAUGGGCUCCGGAAGCUUCAGAUCCUUCACCUACGAUCAAACUCCCUGCGCACUACACCCGUCCGGGCCUUCUGGGACUGCCGAAGUCUGGAAUACCUUGGUCUGAGCAACAACCGCCUCCGUAGCCUGGCCCGGAAUGGCUUUGCUGGGUUAAUUAAACUGCGGGAGCUCCAUCUGGAACACAAUCACUUGACCAAGAUUAACUUGGCACACUUCCCUCGACUAGUCACCCUCCAGUUCCUUUAUCUACAGUGGAACAAGAUCAACAAUUUAACGUCCACCAUGGAAUGGAAAUGGACAACUCUGGAGAAACUGGAUCUCACUGGGAAUGAGAUACGCAUAAUUACCCCUGAUGUCUUCGAGACUUUGCCCAACCUAAAGAUCCUGCUGCUGGAUAACAACAAACUGACCAGCCUCGAUACCCAAAUCAUGGAUAUGUGGAAGUCCUUAAGUGCUAUUGGGCUGUCCAGCAACCUUUGGGAAUGUACCAAAAGGAUCUGCAAUUUGGCUACUUGGCUGAGUACCUUUAAGGGUCGAUGGGAGCAUUCUAUCCUUUGCCACAGUCCUGAUUACGCACAGGGUGAGGAAAUACUGGAUGCCGUUUACGGAUUCCAACUUUGCCAAAAUUUCUCGGCGCCGGUUGUACUGACCAGUACUACCACAGAGACCAUGCUCCCUGAGAUCACAAGCUCCCUGUUUGGAAAUAUGCAGACCCCUACGCAAGACUUCUAUGCAGAGGAUUUUGGGAGCUUUACAAUUGUCACUUCUACCACCACUACUACCCAAUCCCCACGCACUGCCCUCGCUACUACCAUGACAGUGGAGGGGGCAGAAUUUACGGAGGACUACUCUGCAAUGGACAACACAGUGCUGACCCAGAGAGUCAUUAUUGGCACUAUGGCUCUGUUGUUUUCCUUCUUUCUUAUAAUUUUUGUAGUGUACAUAUCACGAAAAUGCUGCCCUCCUACUCUGAGGCGGAUCCGCCAUUGCUCGGCCAUUCAGAACCGACGACAGAUGAGGACCCAGCAGAGGCAGCCGAUGGCAGACCUGGCAACACAGGUGCCCUAUAACGAGUACGAGCCCAGUCAUGAGGAGGGUGCACUCGUGAUCAUCAAUGGCUAUGGGCAGUGCAAAUGUCAGCAACUGCCUUACAAAGAGUGUGAAGUAUAAAACUGUUUAUUCCUUCUGUUUAUGGGUUUACCAUUUAUCCAUUUAAAAAGAUACAGGGUUUGCUUUUGAACUUUUUCUCUUCAGUUUGUACGAACAGGCAUUUUUUCUUUGAAAUUGUAAGCUUUGAAAUCUAUGAAAGCUUGAGAUGACUGGGAUGAAUCUGAAAAAAGGAAAUAUAGAGAAAUUCACAAAUUUAUUUUUGUAAUACAAAUGCAAGGUUCAUCUCUUAGCUGGGGAAAUCAAUCUCAGCAGCUGAAGGCUGGAUGUGAGAUGUGUCACUGCAUCAACAGUUUGUGUACUAUCUAUUCUGCAGCAGAGAUAAUAAAAAUAAAAAUCCAUAGCCAAACCUCUUGGAACCUUGUGCUCUGGAAAAAAAGUGUUUAUAAAAUGACAUGC